AUGGGGGCGUACGGAGUCAAGCCGCCAUCACGGGGCAGUGUCAGCGCCACCUGUACGGACUGGGUUUCGUCUGUCUCCUAUCUAUUAACGCCUACGCCUUGGAAGGACCGGGAGGGGGACGAUGACGGCGUCGGACUGGAUGGUGGGGGCAUCGAUCCACAGGCCCACUACGAAGCCUUCUUGGAUGCCCUUUCAGCGGUUCGAGGUAGCGAGAUCAAAGAUAUGACAGCGACUUCGGCGCUGAGGCGCUUGGACGAAGAGGCGAGGGCAGUUGACCCAAGCCAGGACGACAGCAAUGCUGCCCAGCGUGGUCGCCAUUUCUAUACCAUGCUACAGGACCUCCAAGACUCGCCGUUCCGCGGCAUGGGACUGCCCAGCCGCGAGGAGAUCGACGCGGUAUUGAAGGUCCAGAAGAAAGAGGACAGCAGCGUCACGGCGAAGAUCCAGGGCAGGCAAACGAAUCCGUCUUCUGCGCAUGCCGGCGAGCCACACGGGAGCCCACGGUUGCCCGUUCACGGAUGCGAAAGAUCUCCAGAAGGGGUCGGCCCGGGCGGACAGAUGCGGCUCGAGCUCGGACGUUAUGCAACAUACGUCGAUGUGGCCCUGGGGCUCACAAGGCACUGGACUUUGAAUAAGCUCCAGUCGAUGGCACAUUUCCAAUACAUCGGCGGCGAGGGCGGCACCGGCAAGUCUCGCGUCAUACACGCCAUCAAGGACAUGUUCCGGCUGAAGGACGGUCUCCACACGCUGCUCCUGACGGGCGCCAGCGGUAAUGCGCCCGCGCUUAUCGGCGGAGUGACGCUGCACUCGGCGGCAAAUAUUGCGUUUGAGGGCAGGGCAGCGACAGCAAGGAACAUCUCGGAAGAAGAGAAGCUGAGGUGGAAAAACAUGAUCAUGCUGGUUAUAGACGAGAUCAGACAGGUGGGCGGUCUCACACUCGCGGCGGUGGACAGCCGCAUAAGGCAGUACAGAGACGACCACCAUCGACCGUUCGGCGGGAUCACAAUAGUCAUGUUCUUUGGUGAAUUCUUCCAGUUCGACCCCGUCCUGCAGACCAGCCUCCUCUUGCCAACGCCUAGGGACCCCGGUGGACAGAGACCGGACAGCUCGGCAAAGCACCUAGCAGCGCAUAAGCUGUUCCUCCAGUUCACGAACGUCGUUAUCCUCCGUGAACAGGUCCGCGCGGCCGGCUGUCCAAGGCUGCGGGGUUUCCUUCGGCGCCUGCGCAAUGGCGAGCAGACCGAGCUAGACUUCCAGCGGCUAUGCCAGCGCGUCUAUACACCGUCGUGCGAAUCCUCCUUCGUAGAUGGCUUGAGAGCCAUCACGCCAUCUGAACCAAGACCGGUGGGACAUGAACAUGGCGGCCAAGUCGUCCAGUGGGCUCGUGACCACGGCAAGCACAUCUCCAUCUUUGUGGCCAAGCACGAUACCGAUUCGGGGAAGCGACUAAGUGUGGAAGAGCUGUGCCGCGUGCUUCGCUACGGAGACGACUCCCAGCUGCCGACCCCGGGCUUGUUCUUCUACGCUCAAGGGAUGCCGGUGGUGGUAACUCGCAACCAGUUUGUCGGGCUAAAGGUGGUUAACGGGGCGCCUUUCAAGGCCGUCGACAUCUUUCCCGACCUCGCCGCCGGCACCAUCGCGCUCGCCAGCGAUGUGACUCUUCAUCUUGGACCGCCGGUGGCCGUCCUCCUUCAGUCAGACGACAGCGCGGGCCUCGCCAUCCCCGGGCUCCCCAAUGGCACCAUUUUAAUCAAGAGCAAGACGGUCGCCAUCCCCGAGCCAAAUGCGGGGCAAAGAAGGCAAGAUGGAAGGGGCAAGCCGGGUUUCAGGUGGGUCACCCACAGAACCGGGCCUCUUUGCACCCCGGCCUUCGCUAUGACAGAUCAGAAGAGCCAAGGCAAGCAGUUCUCCCAACGUCCUCGUCAACCUCAAAGGCGUCCACUCGAGUGGCACGGCGACGCGGCCCAGCUUCAUGAGCCUCCCAAGAAUGUGCUCGACAAAGACAUGAGGGCCGCCAUCGUCAAGCUGGAACGACGGGGUGAGGAGACCAGACGACGGUUCGAGCAAGACCACAGGCACGAGUCGUGGUUUCAAGAAUGGGAUGCCAUGCCUGAAUCUGGCCAGGGGACUGAAACCGAUGACGUAGAGGACGCGGCGCUCUGGCGAGACCCUGGGGUUUCCGAGCGCGAAUCGUAG